CAGAGAGAGAUGAGGAUUCAAACUUCCGGUGGUGUGUCAUGGCGGCGUGGUGGAGUAUGCUUGAAGUGAAAAACUAAACCAAAUCCCCUCCUCCCUCCGCCUCCUCCUCUGUUUUUCUCCUUGAUUAUUUUGCGGAGCGGUUUAGGGGGUAUUUGGCGCAUCCGGGGCGAAUCGGGAGCUGGAAUCGGGAUCGCAAAAGUGAUUGAUAGGAGACAUAGCGGCGCGCGCAUCCGCCUGAGCAUGGCGGCGCACAAGCCCGUGGAAUGGGUCCAGGCCAUCAUUAAUCGAUUCGACGAACAGCUCCCAAUUAAAACAGGACAGCAGAGCACCCACACCAAAGUGAGUACAGAGCACAAUAAAGAAUGUUUGAUCAACAUCUCCAGGUACAAAUUUGCCCUCGUCAUCAACGGUCUGACCAACAUACUCAAAAAUGUGAACAACAUGCGGAUCUUCGGCGAAGCUGCCGAGAAGAACCUCUACCUCUCCCAGCUGAUUAUCCUGGACACACUGGAGAAGUGUCUGGCAGGGCAACCCAAGGACUGCCUACGGCUGGAUGAGGCCAUGUUGGUAAAACAGUUGCUGCCUGAAAUCUGUCACUUCCUGCACUCGUACCGUGAGGGCCAGCAACACGCCGCUCAGCUGCGCAGUUCUGCCUCUGCCGUCCUCUUCUCUCUCAGCUGCAACAACUUCAAUGCUGUCUUCAGUCGUAUCUCCACCAGGUUGCAAGAGCUCACAGUUUGUACAGAGGACACAGUGGAUGUUCAUGACAUUGAGCUCAUUCAGUAUAUCAGUGUAGACUGCACCAAGUUAAAGAGACUCCUACAAGAAACAGUACUUAAAUUCAAAUCUUUGAAAAAGCCGGCUCAGCUUGCAGUAAUCAGCAGUUUGGAAAAGGCUUUCUGGAACUGGGUUGAACACUACCCUGAUGAGUUCACUAUGCUCUAUCAGAGACCCCAAGCUGACAUGGCCGACUGUGCAGAAAAACUCUUUGACCUGGUGGACAGUUUUGCAGAAAGCGCAAAGAGAAAGGCUGCUGUGUGGCCACUACAGAUCAUCCUCCUCAUCCUCUGUCCAGAGAUCACUCAGAGCAUCACCAAAGAAGUAGGGGGGGAGGAGAAAGCUAACAAGAAGUCAUUUGUGGAGAGUCUGCGGAAGGCUCUGGGACAGCACAGCGGAAGCAGACAGUUGACCGAGAGUGCGGCAGUCGCAUGCGUCAAACUCUGCAAAGCCUGCACCUACAUCAACUGGGAGGACAAUUCUGUCAUCUUUCUCCUAGUUCAGUCCAUUGUCAUGGACCUUAAGGGUCUUCUGUUUAACCCUACUAAGCCAUUUUCGAGGGGUGCGGGCUGCCAAAGCGCCGAUGUAGAUUUGAUGAUUGACUGCUUUGUGUCAUGUUAUCGCAUCAAUCCUCGUAACAACCAGCAUUUUAAGGUAUGCCUUGCCUCAACUUCUCCUCCUACCUUCCAUUUCGUCCUGGUCAACUCCCUGCACAAAAUUAUCACCAAUUCACAUCUGGACUGGUGGCCGAAGAUUGACGCCAUCUACUGCUACUCAGGAGAACUGCGCACCAUGUUUGCAGACACAUUGGGCCGAGUGGUUCAGAGUCUCAGUGCCCAUCCACCACUGAGGAUGACAUCGAGUCUGACAUUCAAAGAGAAAAUGACGACUAGUUUAAAGUUCAAGGACAAGUCCACUGACCUUGACUCGCGUUCUUUGCUGCUGGCCCUGGUCAAACUCAUCCACGCUGACCCCAAACUAAUGCUGCAUAACCCGGGGAAACCAGGUCAAGAGAUCCAGAACAGCACAGCUGAGCUCAUCAAAGGUCUGGUCCAGCUAGUUCCUCUCAAUCACAGUGCGGAGCUUUCACAGGAAGCCAUGGAGGCACUGUUGGUGCUACAUCAGCCAGAAACUAUUGAGCUGUGGAACCCUGACGCACCCAUUGAGACCUUCUGGGACAUCAGCUCCCAGGUCUUAUUUCUGAACUGCAAGAAGCUGAUUGGACAUCAGAUGAUCAACAGUACAGAGAUACUGAAGUGGCUCCGGGAGAUUCUCAUAUGUAGAAACAAGUUUCUCUUAAAGAACAAGGAGUGUGCCACACAGGGCAGUCUCAUCCCCAUCGGCAGACAGGCUCAGACCAAGCUGGAGGUGUGUCUCUACACCUUCCUGUGGAGCCCUGAUGCAGAGGCUGUGUUGGUGGCCAUGUCCUGCUUCCGCCAUCUCUGUGAGGAAGCAGACAUCCGCUGCAGUGUGGACGAGCUGCCCGUGCACACGGUCCUGCCCAACUAUAACACCUUUGUGGAGCUCGCCUCUGUCAGCAAUAUGAUGGCUACAGGUCGCAACACACUUCAGAAGAGAGUGAUGGCGCUGUUAAGGAGGAUAAAACACCCUACAGCUGGAAAUGUAGAGGCAUGGGAAGACACAUAUGCAAAAUGGGAGCAAGCAACUAAACAGAUACUCAACCACCAGAAAAACAAAGUGGAAGACGGACAGGUAGUUAAAAGAAUGGCAGUCAGUAAGGUAUAUAACUUUUUUUCCUCCUAUACAAACUUUUUUCUCUGUCAUCAGGAGUGGAUCAACAUGACUGGUUUCUUGUGUGCUCUGGGAGGGGUUUGUCUCCAGCAGCGCAGCACCCCUAGCCUAGGAACCUACAGUCCUCCUAUGGGACCCCUUACCGAACGCAAGGGCUCCAUGAUCUCUAUGGGCUCUUGUGAGGUGAACAGCGAGACGUCUCUUAACAGGUUUCUGGAGCGUCUGCUGAGUCUCAUGGUCUGUACACAUGAAAAGGUGGGCGUGCAGAUUCGAACCAACGUCAAAGACCUUGUGGGACUGGAACUCAGUCCAGCUCUCUACCCUAUGCUCUUCACCAAGCUACGCAACAGCAUCGGCCGGUUUUUUGAUACCCAGGGUCCGGUUCCCAUUACAGACACAAACACACUGUUUGUAGAGCAGACCAUCGCCAUCAUGAAGAACCUGCUUGACAGUCACACUGAAGGAAGCUCAGAGCACCUCGGUCAAGCCAGCAUUGAAACCAUGAUGCUCAACCUGGUUAGGUAUGUGCGUAUUUUAGGGAAUGUUGUCCAUGCCAUUCAGAUCAAAACUAAGCUGUGCCAGCUAGUGGAGGUGAUGAUGGAACGCAGGGACGACCUCUCCUUCUGCCAAGAGAUGAAAUUCAGAAAUAAAAUGGUGGAGUACCUCACAGACUGGGUGAUGGGAACCUCUAAUCAAGCUGCAGAUGAUGACAUCAAAUGUCUGACCCGGGAUCUGGACCAGGCGAGUAUGGAGGCAGUAGUGUCUCUGCUGGCUGGUCUUCCCCUACAGCCUGAGGAGGGGGAUGGCGUUGAGCUCAUGGAGGCCAAGUCUCAGCUCUUCCUGAAAUACUUUACGCUGUUCAUGAACCUGUUGAAUGACUGCAGCGAGGUCGAGGAAGAUGGCCAGCAGGUGGCAGGGCGGAAACGUGGGAUGUCUAGACGACUGGCAUCUCUUCGGCACUGUACCGUGUUGGCCAUGUCUAACCUGCUCAAUGCCAACGUCGACAGCGGCCUCAUGCACUCCAUCGGUCUGGGGUACCAUAAGGACCUGCAGACACGAGCGACCUUCAUGGAGGUGCUCACUAAGAUCCUUCAGCAAGGGACAGAGUUUGACACGCUUGCAGAGACUGUGCUUGCAGACCGCUUUGAGAGACUUGUUGAGCUGGUCACCAUGAUGGGAGACCAGGGCGAGCUGCCCAUAGCCAUGGCACUGGCCAAUGUGGUCCCCUGCUCUCAAUGGGAUGAGCUGGCCAGAGUGUUGGUGACACUGUUCGACUCUCGCCAUCUGCUGUAUCAGCUGCUAUGGAACAUGUUCUCAAAAGAAGUGGAGCUGGCCGACUCUAUGCAGACCCUCUUCAGAGGAAACAGCCUAGCCAGCAAGAUUAUGACCUUUUGCUUUAAGGUCUAUGGUGCUGCAUAUCUGCAGAAGCUUCUGGAGCCACUGUUGAGAGGAAUUAUUACCACUCCGGAGUGGCAGCAAAUCAGUUUUGAAGUGGACCCUACCAGGCUUGAACCAGCGGAGAACCUGGAGGAGAACCAGAAGAACCUGCUGCAGAUCACAGACCGCUUCUUCCUGGCCAUUAUCAACUCUUCAAACGAGUUUCCUCCACAGCUGCGCAGUGUGUGCCACUGUCUGUAUCAGGCUACUUGCCACUCCCUUCUGAAUAAAGCCACUGUUAAAGAAAAAAAGGAAAACAAAAAAUCUGUGGUCAGCCAGCGGUUUCCACAGAACAGUAUCGGUGCAGUAGGAAGUGCCAUGUUCCUUCGCUUUAUUAACCCAGCUAUUGUAUCACCGUAUGAGGCAGGCAUCCUAGAAAAGAAACCUCCACCUCGCAUCGAGCGUGGCCUUAAACUCAUGUCUAAGAUACUCCAGAGCAUUGCUAAUCAUGUACUGUUCACAAAAGAAGAGCAUAUGCGGCCUUUUAAUGAUUUUGUCAAAAGCAACUUUGAUGCAGCCAGAAGGUUCUUCUUUGAUAUCGCAUCUGAUUCUCCACCAAGUGACUCUGUGAAUCACAGUCUAUCUUUCAUCAGUGACGGCAAUGUUCUCGCCCUGCAUCGUCUCUUAUGGAACAACCAAGAAAGAAUUGGCCAGUAUUUGUCCAGCAACAGGGACCACAAGGCAGUGGGCCGCAGACCAUUUGACAAGAUGGCCACCCUCCUGGCGUACCUGGGCCCCCCUGAACAUAAGCCAGUAGCUGACACACACUGGUCCAGCCUCAACCUCACCAGCUCAAAGUUUGAGGAGUUUAUGACAAGGCAUCAAGUCCAUGAGAAGGAGGAGUUUAAAGCUUUAAAGACGCUCAACAUCUUUUACCAAGCUGGCACGUCAAAGAAUGGCAAUCCUGUCUUUUAUUACAUUGCUCGCAGGUUCAAAACCGGACAAAUCAAUGGGGAUCUUCUGAUCUACCACGUCCUUCUGACUCUCAAACCAUACUAUGCCAAGCACUACGAGAUCGUAGUAGACCUCACCCAUGUAGGCCCCAGUAACCGCUUUAAGACGGACUUCUUGUCAAAGUGGUUUGUGGUCUUUCCCAACUUUGCCUACGAGAAUGUGGCUGCCGUGUACAUCUACAACUGCAACACCUGGGUACGAGAGUACACCAAAUACCACGAGCGACUACUGACUGGCCUCAAGGGGAGCAAGAAGCUGCUAUUUAUCGACUCGCCUGCACGCCUAGCCGAACACAUUGAACCCGAGCUGCAGAAGCUGCCUGCAGCUACCUUGGCAUUGGAAGAAGACCUCAAAGUGUUCCACAAUGCUCUGAAACUGGCGCACAAGGACACAAAGGUGUCGAUCAAGGUGGGAUCAACAGCUGUUCAGGUGACCUCGGCUGAGCGAACACGUGUCCUGGGACAGCCUGUCUUCCUGAAUGACAUAUACUAUGCUUCCGAGAUUGAGGAGAUAUGCCUGGUGGACGAGAACCAGUUCACACUGACCAUCGCUAACCAGGGCACUCCUCUCACAUUCAUGCACCAGGAGUGCGAAGCCAUCGUUCAGUCCAUCAUCCACAUCCGAACACGCUGGGAGCUCUCCCAACCAGACUCCAUUCCUCAGCACACAAAGAUCAGGCCUAAAGAUGUUCCUGGCACCCUGCUCAACAUCGCCCUCCUCAACCUGGGAAGCUCCGACCCCAGUCUAAGGUCAGCUGCAUACAACCUCCUUUGUGCCUUAACCUGCACCUUCAACCUGAAGAUUGAAGGCCAGCUUCUGGAAACAUCUGGCUUGUGCAUCCCAGCCAACAACACCCUUUUUAUUGUGUCCAUUAGCAAAACACUAGCAGCUAACGAACCCCACCUCACUCUGGAGUUCCUGGAAGAGUGCAUCUCCGGCUUCAGCAAGUCAAGCAUUGAGCUGAAGCAUCUGUGUCUGGAGUAUAUGACUCCUUGGCUGCGUAAUUUGGUGCGCUUUUGUAAACACAAUGACGAUGCCAAACGACAGCGUGUAACGGCUAUCCUGGACAAACUCAUUACUAUGACCAUCAAUGAGAAGCAGAUGUACCCUUCCAUACAGGCGAAGAUAUGGGGCAGUUUGGGUCAGAUCACAGACCUGCUUGAUGUGGUGUUGGAUAGCUUCAUAAAGACUAGUGCUACUGGGGGUUUGGGAUCCAUCAAGGCUGAAGUGAUGGCUGACACAGCUGUAGCUUUGGCUUCAGGAAACGUCAAGCUGGUGUCCAGCAAGGUGAUUGGCCGGAUGUGUAAGAUCAUUGAUAAGACUUGUCUGUCCCCCACCCCCACCCUUGAGCAGCACCUGAUGUGGGAUGACAUCGCCAUCCUGGCCCGUUACAUGCUCAUGCUCUCCUUCAACAACUCUCUGGAUGUGGCCGCUCAUCUGCCCUACCUGUUCCAUGUCGUCACUCUUCUGGUGGCCACUGGCCCGCUGUCACUCCGAGCCUCAACGCAUGGCCUUGUUAUCAACAUCAUUCACUCGCUCUGCACCUGCUCUCAGCUCAACUUCAGCGAGGAGACUAAACAGGUGCUGCGUCUGAGUCUGACUGAGUUUUCCCUGCCCAAGUUCUACCUGCUGUUCGGCAUCAGUAAGGUCAAAUCGGCAGCGGUCAUCGCCUUCCGUUCCAGCUACAGAGACCGCUCGUUCUCCCCUGGCUCCUAUGAGAGAGAGACCUUUGCUCUUUCUUCCCUGGAAACAGUUACAGAAGCUCUUUUGGAGAUUAUGGAGGCCUGUAUGAGGGACAUUCCUGGAUGCAAAUGGUUGGAUCAGUGGACCGAAUUGGCACAAAAGUUUGCAUUCCAAUAUAACCCAUCUCUUCAGCCUCGGGCGCUGGUGGUGUUCGGCUGCAUCAGUAAACGUGUGACUCAUGGACAGCUCAAACAGAUCAUUCGUAUUCUCAGUAAAGCCAGUCCUCUGCUCAGCAUUGAUCGGGGGCUGGAGAGCUGCUUAAAGGGGCCGGAUAAUUACAACAGCCAGGUUCUUAUUGAGGCCACCGUCAUCGCUCUCACAAAACUACAGCCUCUCCUCGAUCAGGACUCUCCCAUGCAUAAAGCUCUGUUCUGGGUGGCUGUGGCUGUGCUUCAGUUGGAUGAAGUGAGUCUGUAUUCUGCCGGAACCGCCCUUCUGGAGCAGAACCUGCACACACUGGACAGCCUCCGGGUGUUUAAUGACAAGAGUCCCGAGGAGGUCUUCAUGGAGAUCCGGAAGCCUCUGGAAUGGCAUUGUAAACAAAUGGACCAUUUUGUGGGACUCAACUUUGCCUCCAAUUUCAACUUUGCAUUAGUGGGGCACUUGCUCAAAGGAUACAGACAUCCCUCUUCCACCACUGUGGCCAGGACAGUCCGUAUCCUUCAUACGCUUCUGGGCCUGGUGGGAAAACACCGUAGCUGUGACAAGUUUGAGGUGAACACGCAGAGUGUGGCCUAUCUGGCAGCUUUGCUCACAGUAUCAGAGGAGGUGAGGAGCCGCUGCAGUCUAAAGCACAGGAAGUCAUUACUGCUCUCAGAAGUUACCAUGGAAAACUUUUCCAUGGACAUGUACUCAGUGUACGACACUGAACCUGGAUGCAGGCUGCUGCGUGAAAACCAGCCCUGGGCUUCUCCGAAAGUGUCAGAGCGCAGUCUUGCACCUCCAUACUCUGCAAUGGGUCAGACCAGCCUUCGCCCACGCAAAUCCAUGAGUGUAGACAUGGGCCAGCCGUCACAGGCCAAUGCGAAGAAACUUCUUGGUAUUAGCGGCACUAGAAAGAGUUUUGACCACCUGAUUUCGGACUCAAAAGCCCCAAAGAGACCAGACAUGGAGUCAGGCAUCACCACACCUCCAAAGAUGAGACGAGUUUCUGAAAAUGACUAUGAGAUAGAAACUCAGCGAAUAGCCAACUCCCAUUUACGCAAAGUUUCUGUGUCCGAGUCCAAUGUCCUCCUAGACGAGAAUGUUCUCACAGACCCAAAGAUCCAGACGCUGCUCCUUACUGUACUGGCAACACUGGUGAAGUACACUACGGAUGAAUUUCAUCAGCGGAUCCUGUAUGAGUAUUUGGCUGAGGCCAGCGUGGUGUUCCCCAAGGUCUUUCCAGUAGUCCACAACCUGCUGGACUCCAAAUUAAGCACCGUCCUUUCCAUGUGCCAGGACCCCAACCUCCUGAACCCCGUCCAUGGCAUCAUUCAGAAUGUGGUUUAUCAUGAGGAGUCUCCUCCGCAAUACCAGCCGUCCUGCUUGCAGAGUUUCGGUUUCAACGGUCUUUGGAGGUUUGCCGGGCCCUUCUCUAAGCAAACCCAAAUUCCAGACUAUGCCGAGCUUGUGGUUAAGUUCCUGGAUGCUUUGAUUGACACUUACCUUCCUGGUAUCGAAGAAGAAGGAGGGGAGGAGUCACUGCGGACACCCACCUCUCCAUAUCCGCCCACCGUCCAGAGCCAGCUCAGCAUCACGGCCAACCUCAACCUGUCCAACUCCAUGACGUCCCUCGCCACCUCACAGCACUCCCCAGAGGGCCCUAUAGUUUAUAGACGGUCCCCAACUCUCUCCCAUCCACGAACCACAGAGGAGGUGCCACCGAAAACAACUGCCUGUCUGCCUUGCUCUAAGUCGGCUGUAUUCCCACCUCACCUCGUCCUCCCAGGCAUCGACAAGGAGAACGUUGAGAUUUCUCCCACCUCGAAUCUCUCCACCAGUGGGCGAGCGCGACACGGGUCAGCCAGCCAGGUGCAGAAGCAGCGUAGUGCAGGCAGCUUCAAACGGCCAAGCAUCAAAAAGAUCGUCUGAGAGGAUUUGAAGCAUUUCUAGCUACUCCGCGGUCAUUGUUCUUCUCCAAGAAUCCUUUUUGCUUUCCUUCGUCCAGUUAACAAGGUUCCUGCAUUGAAGAACCGCGUAAGUGUUUUUUUUUUUUUUAAUACCAGUUGAAGCUUGCCACACACUUGCCUAAAUGAACUACUUCAGGAGAAUGCACUGACCUCUCCGUGAUGCACUCAACACCGGAAAUGUCUUGGGACCGACCACGUUGAAAUGCGAAAUCUGUCCAGUUGAGGCAUCCACUCUUCGUUUUGCACAAACUUGAGAUUUAUGUCCUCAUCGAUGUCUGAAAGAAACACAAGAAUGAGAAACUGAUCUGAUCAACCACUACAGCAGAUGACCAACCGUGUGGAGACUCGCAGGCUCAAUAUCCGGCCUUUUUCCAUUAUGAUGGCCUGUCCUGUCCUGAUAUCCACAGGCUUGAAAUCUGGAUGGCAAUCCAAGAUUAUGUGUGUACUAUACUAUUGAUGAUAAUAACGAUCACGUUUUGGGUUCUUACUUUAUCCAUUGUGUGCCUUUUUCAGGGUUUUCAGCUGUGUAUAGUUUGUAAAAUAGGCAAGACCAUGCUAAGGAAGGGAAAACCGGUACUAAUUAUGAAAACGUGUUGCGGCUUUAACAUUUAACAUAUUAUCCAUACAUUGCUACGGUAUAAACUGUACCAUGUGACCAUCAACUACGAGAAUAUCACAUUGCAGCAUCUAAAUAUUUAUUCUGUAAAUGUAGAUAAUGUUUUCGGAGACCACAUGAAGGUUUGCUCUGCGAUCGUUAUCAUCAGUCGUAAAAAAAACUAUUCUAGAAGAGCAGCGGUUGAGUAUGUAUUUUUUUUCCCCAAAAUGCACAAAUCAAACACGACAAAUUGGCAUUAAUAUUCUUGUUUUAGCAUUGUCUCACUGUGGUGCAAUAUGUUUUUUUAUUUGUUUCAUUGAACACUAUGUGUGUAUACAAAUUGCACAUGAUUUAAAUGUGUGAUCAGGAAAUAUCCAUGCACACUUUGACCUUCCCCUGUUCCCGUCUCACUAACAGCUCACAUACGGAACAGGAAUCCCAAUCCCACCACAAGCUGACAUAGUAACAUUGCACCAAAGACUAGUUUGCAAUAUUGUGAGGGGAAACUAUUGUGAACUCCAUUUUGUAUAUUUUUAUGUCCGUCUCGUCUAUGUUGUAUGCAUUAAAUAAUUAUUUCUUCCAUACAGUUCUCACUAACUUUGUAACCAUGUUUUUGGCAUUUAAUUGAAUCGUUUUCUCACUCGUGAAUUGCAAAAUUGAACACAAUUGUGCCAUUUAAGUUGGAAUUAACAUGCCAUUUGCAGGGUUUCACGGUGUAUUUCACAUACAAUGGCCAUCAGAAUUGAAGUGGGCGAUUUUUGUGUGCAAUAUGUUUAAUGCAUUACUUUUCUGUCAUUAUUAUGCCAAUCUGCAAAUCUACAAGGAGGAGAUGGUAGUGUACCUAGUAACAGACUCAAGUACAUUGUCUCUUUGAAAUGCUUAUUAAAGGGAAACUUGUAUUACUAAAGAGAAGGGUACCUGCCAAAUGUUUGAGGAUGGAAUAUUUAUGCAUAAUUUUAAUUUUAUGUUUCUGAAAGGAUUUGUAUUGAAAUACUAGAUGUUUCACACUUAAAAUUGGGACCAAAUCAAUGUCAUUUUUCCAUUUCAUUUGUAGAUUUAUUUUACAUUUUUGUAUGUUUUACAAUGUACUAUACUGCAGGUCCAAAAAUGUACGUUCAUGCUGACUUGACAUUUUAGGGCACCAAUUAUUUACAGUGAAAUAUCGUCCCAAGAGCAGAUUUCAGGUCACAGUGAUCAAAAAUGAAACUUGAAAUGUUUAUUCCUUCUCUAUAUGUCAUAAUGGCGAAAUUCACAUCAGUCCAUGUCAAAUUUCCAAAUUUGAAAUUUUGAAAAUAUGAAGGAACAUAAUGACCCAAUCUAGUGUUUGAAGUGUAUGAUUAGUCUUUUUUUUUUUUUUUUUUUUUUGCAUCCAUUACUCUGAAUAACCAUAAUAUAACUCCUUUUUCUUGAAUCUUAGAUGUUGCAUUGCUACUACCAAUCUAAAACUGACCUAAUCUGAUGCGUCAAAACUUUAAGACAAUAAUUGAGGCAUAGUCUUGACUGCCACGAUGGCGGAUAGGACACAUGACAUGCCCCUAAGCCUUUUAAACUGCAAAUGUUCUCAUCAUAAACAGACUAAAACAGUGGUUUAUUUUAUAUCAUUCAAAAUGUGUGUUUGUCUGAUGCAUUGCCACAUUUUUAAUUGCAUUGGUCAUCUGUAAACAAUGUAUCUGUCACCUGUAAAUAUGUUUGUGUAAAAUUGGAAAUAUAAAUACAAGUGUAAAUAUAUGUGAUAUUGUAUUACUUGCUUUUUUGUAAAGCGGUUAGUUGCUGUACAUGUAUAACAUGGCAAUUUAAUUAUACCAGUGUUCGUAAUAAAAGUUUCCCUCAACCCUGUUA